AUGGCAUGUCUUCCCGAGACCGUUUUCGGCAGGCAGAUCAGCCCCGGCAUUGCCAUGUGCAAGAUUCGCACAGGUGAUACUGAACUCCCAGAAGAUCUUGGUGUGCUGCCCUUUGAUACCAGCAACUCAGAUUCGGACAGCGACACGCUUGUUCUGCCUGGCUGGGCGUCGCCUACCUCCUCGACUGAUGAGUCCCCAGCCUUUUCGGACGCCACCGCCGAGUUUGCUUGGCCUUCGGCGGGAUCCCAACUCCACGACCAAGGGCUCUGCAAGCCGUGCGCGUGGCUCUGGAAGCCUCGCGGCUGCUUGAAUGGCAGCGCCUGCCUGCAUUGCCACCUCUGCCCCAAGAGCGAGGUGAAGUCUCGGAAGAAGAUCCGGGCCAAGGCCCGGAAGUCCCAGGCGCCGGACGUCUCCCUGGAGAAGGACAACGCCCAGCCCGGGGCGAUGCCAUCCCUGCCCAUCCCACCUCCACCCGGGCUCUCCCUCCCGCCAGGGCUCUCCCUUCCACCAGGGCUCCCCCUGCCUCUGCCUGUCUUGCAGGCAGCAAGCCCCGAAACCCAAGAACUCCCCCCGAUCCUCUUCGAGCCCUUCGAGCACGUGGAGACCCUUGAGGCGGAGGCUGAAGACAAAGUUGAGGACGUGGGCUCCGCUGGCUCCGCACAGGAGGUCGUUACCCUGUCCGUGGGCUCAGUGCUGCACGCCAGUGGGCGCUGCAAGCCCUGCGGCUGGUUCUGGAAGUCCAAGGGCUGCGCCAAUGGUGCAGACUGCUUGCACUGCCACCUGUGCACCGCCAGUGAAGCUCGCCGCAAGAAGAAGCAAGCCUCGAAGAGCAGGGCCCUCGGGUUGGAGCCGCAGGUACCUGACCAGGACCAGCAGCUCCAGCUGCUCACCGAGGCGCUUGCAGGUCUCCACUUUCAGGUCUGA